CGCAGGGCUGAAGGCUGGCACUGCCCCGAGCUGCCGAGUGGGCCUGUCCUUGCCCGGAGCCCGGCUUCCAGUCAGUAUCCGUCCUGGCUCCCUCCGUUUUCUCCACCGCGAAGCGCUGGGCUCAGGCGCCUGGAGAGUCCUCCGCUGUGCAGGUUCACUGCUACAAGGCCCAGCGAAGACCUCUGCUCUCCCUGUGGAUUACUUGCUGCACAAGGCCCCAGCAGUGAGGCUCGGAGCCUAUGCGCCUGUGACCGACCCUGCUCGUUUCCUUACUCGUAUGUGCUGGUGGAAGUUGGCAGCUCAUUGGAGCUACUGUUUACGUGGAACUUUUGAGCCAUUCUGAAUCGACUGAAGGCUUAGACGCUGCUAGCAAUGAGCUCUCAAAGCCGUCCAGAUGGUCUUUCUGGCCGAGACCAGCCAGUGGAGCUGUUGAAUCCUGCCCGAGUGAACCACAUGCCCAGCACAGUGGAUGUGGCCACAGCACUGCCCUUGCAGGUGGCCCCCACAGCAAUGCCCAUGGACCUGCGCCUGGACCACCAGUUCUCACUGCCGGUGGCAGAGCCAGCACUACGGGAACAGCAGCUGCAGCAGGAGCUUCUGGCACUGAAGCAGAAGCAGCAGAUUCAGCGGCAGAUCCUCAUUGCUGAGUUCCAGCGGCAGCAUGAGCAGCUGUCCCGGCAGCACGAAGCCCAGCUGCAUGAGCACAUAAAGCAGCAGCAGGAGAUGCUGGCUCUCAAGCACCAGCAGGAGCUGCUGGAGCACCAGCGCAAGCUGGAGAGGCACCGCCAGGAGCAGGAGCUGGAGAAGCAGCACCGUGAGCAGAAGCUGCAGCAGCUCAAGAACAAGGAGAAGGGCAAGGAGAGUGCCGUGGCCAGCACAGAAGUGAAAAUGAAGCUACAGGAGUUCGUCCUCAACAAGAAGAAGGCCCUGGCCCACCGGAACCUGAACCAGUGCAUUUCCAGUGACCCCCGCUUCUGGUACGGGAAGACACAGCACAGCUCCCUGGACCAGAGCUCUCCCCCACAGAGCGGGGUGUCAGCCUCCUACAACCACCCGGUCCUGGGGAUGUACGAUGCCAAAGAUGACUUUCCUCUGAGGAAAACAGCUUCUGAACCCAACCUGAAGUUACGGUCCCGGCUUAAGCAGAAAGUGGCAGAGAGACGGAGCAGCCCCCUGUUGCGCAGGAAGGAUGGGCCCGUGGUUACUGCCCUCAAAAAGCGGCCCCUGGAUGUCACAGACUCUGCAUGCAGCAGCGCCCCGGGCUCCGGGCCCAGCUCACCCAACAGCAGCUCUGGCAACGUCAGCACCGAGAAUGGCAUCACGUCCAGCGUGCCCAGCGUCCCGGCUGAGACCGGCUUGGCGCACAGACUUGUGACUCGAGAAGCCUCUGUCGCCCCACUCCCCCUCUACACGUCACCGUCCCUGCCCAACAUCACCUUGGGUCUUCCUGCUACCGGCCCUUCCGUGGGCACAGCGGCCCAGCAGGACGCCGAGAGGCUCGCUCUCCCGGGCCUGCAGCAGCGGAUCUCCCUCUUCCCCGGCACCCACCUGGCCCCCUACCUGGGCACCUCACCCCUGGAGCGGGAUGGCGGGGCAGCGCACAACCCCCUUCUGCAGCACAUGGUCCUGCUGGAGCAGCCGCCCACACAGACACCCCUUGUCACAGGCCUGGGCGCACUGCCCCUGCACGCACAGCCCCUGGUCGGCGCAGACCGUGUGUCCCCAUCCAUGCACAAGCUGCGGCAGCACCGCCCACUGGGACGCACGCAGUCAGCGCCACUGCCACAGAGCGCACAGGCCCUGCAGCACCUGGUGAUCCAGCAGCAGCACCAGCAGUUCCUGGAGAAGCACAAGCAACACUUCCAGCAGCAGCAGCUGCACAUGGGCAAGAUCAUCCCCAAACCCAGUGAGCCAGCCCGGCAGCCUGAGAGCCACCCCGAGGAGACGGAGGAGGAGCUCCGUGAGCACCAGGCCCUGCUGGAUGAGCCCUACUUGGACCGGCUCCCAGGUCAGAAGGAGGUUCAUACACUGGCCGGCGUGCAAGUGAAACAGGAGCCCAUCGAGAGCGACGAGGAGGAGGUGGAGCCCACGCGGGAGGUGGAGCCCGGCCAGCGCCCACCCACUGAGCAGGAGCUGCUCUUCAGACAGCAAGCGCUCCUGCUGGAGCAACAGCGGAUCCACCAGCUGAGGACAUACCAGGCAUCCAUGGAGGCUGCAGGAAUCCCUGUGUCCUUCGGCAGCCACCGGCCUCUGUCCCGGGCACAGUCCUCCCCAGCAUCUGCCACUUUCCCUGUGACUGUCCAGGAGCCCCCCAGCAAGCCAAGGUUCACCACAGGCCUUGUGUACGACACACUGAUGCUAAAGCACCAGUGCGCCUGUGGGAACAGCAACAGCCACCCCGAGCAUGCUGGGAGGAUCCAGAGCAUCUGGUCCCGCCUGCAGGAGACCGGCCUGCGCAGCAAGUGUGAGUGCGUCCGUGGACGGAAGGCCACUCUGGAGGAGCUGCAGACGGUACACUCAGAGGCCCACACGCUGCUGUAUGGCACAAACCCCCUCAACAGGCAGAAGCUGGACAGUAAGAAACUUCUAGGCUCCCUGACCUCCGUGUUUGUGAGGCUACCUUGCGGUGGUGUUGGGGUGGACAGUGACACCAUCUGGAACGAGGUGCACUCAUCAGGCGCAGCUCGUCUGGCCGUGGGUUGCGUGGUGGAGCUGGUCUUCAAGGUGGCUACGGGAGAGCUGAAGAAUGGCUUUGCUGUGGUCCGGCCCCCAGGACACCACGCAGAGGAGAGCACGCCCAUGGGCUUUUGCUACUUCAACUCGGUGGCAGUCGCAGCCAGGCUCCUGCAGCAGCGGCUGAGUGUGAGCAGGAUCCUCAUUGUGGACUGGGACGUGCACCACGGGAACGGGACCCAGCAGGCUUUCUACAGCGACCCCAGCGUCCUCUACGUGUCCCUGCACCGCUAUGACGAUGGGAACUUCUUUCCAGGCAGCGGUGCACCUGACGAGGUGGGAACGGGGCCAGGCGUGGGCUUCAAUGUCAACAUGGCCUUCACGGGCGGCCUCGACCCCCCCAUGGGAGACACAGAGUACUUGGCAGCCUUCAGAACCGUGGUCAUGCCAAUCGCCAACGAGUUUGCUCCAGACAUGGUGCUGGUGUCAUCAGGCUUUGAUGCUGUGGAGGGCCACCCCACACCUCUCGGAGGGUACAAUCUCUCUGCCAAAUGUUUCGGAUACCUUACGAAGCAGCUGAUGGGCUUGGCCGGGGGCCGCAUUGUUCUGGCUCUUGAGGGAGGCCAUGACCUAACAGCCAUCUGCGAUGCCUCCGAAGCCUGUGUUUCUGCUCUGCUGGGAAAUGAGCUUGAGCCUCUGCCAGAAAAGAUCUUACAGCAGAGACCCAACGCCAAUGCUGUCCGCUCCAUGGAGAAGGUCGUGGAGAUCCACAGUAAGUACUGGCGCUGCCUGCAGCGUGUGUCCUCCACGGUGGGACACUCGCUCAUCGAAGCGCAGAAAUGUGAAAAUGAGGAAGCCGAGACGGUAACCGCCAUGGCCUCGCUGUCCGUGGGUGUGAAGCCCACUGAGAAGAGCUCAGCAGGAGACUUUCCGUGUUGCUCGUGCGUCCUGCGCGGGCUCUGAGCACAGGGACGCCAGGCUUGCAGCGGCGGCAGGAGGCCUUUCCACCGCCCAGACCGCAGGUCUCAAGAGGCACAUGCACACCCAGCGUGGCAGCCUCUCGUGGACAUAGGACGCUGACGAUGUGGAAGCCAAGCACACUCGGGCAUUCCCCGGGAAGCCGCAAAGGAAGCCCCUGCGGCAGCUGGGGCAGAGUUGCUGGAUUUAGUUGACACGAGGAAAGGAAAAGUGAAAAUCAAAGAUCUAAUAAUACAAAACAAACUUGAUUAAAACUGGUGCUUAACGUUUGAUUCUUACCCACAGUUCUACAGUCUCCAUGUAAACCACUCAGCUCAUCUUGUAGCUUAUUUUUUUUAAACAGAAAGUUUUCUAUGGCUCCUGCCUGCCCAUGCACCUCAGCAGCGCACCGUGAGGUUUGCAGAUGGGCAGGGGUAGAGCUGGAGGAACCUUUAAAGACAAAACUGGACAAAGCAAGCGUGAGCCUGGGAGUCAGCCUGAGCUUUUCAAAGCCAUUGGAAGAUACGAGUUUGUGCCUUUUUUUUUACUGCUCUGAUGGAUUUUUGUGGCUGGGUUUUCUGAAGUCUGAGGAACAAUGCCUUAAGAAAAAAUCAACAGCAGGGGUCGGUGGGACUAUUUCCUGUGGCUGGGAGCCCACGGCGCUGGCCUGGUGCUCCACAGGCCACACCAGCGUGUCUGGAGCUCCGCGUCCACGGCCUUGCGUGGCUUUCCUGCUGUUUAGCAGAAGUGGAGGUUCCAGGAAAGCGGUAAACACUGUUGGGGGUUUUGAAGUCCAGCAGAUUGUAAACGAAUCCAAAGUGUUCUUUCUCACCAUCACGUAGCAGCAAGCAUCUCCAUUGGUCGUGAAGCAUGUCGUAGACACCGCAGUGGUGCGAUCGGAAUGCCUUCAUCCAGAGCAAGCAGCAUGAAGCAUUGCUUAGCUAGGUAUAAAUAAGUAUAUGUAUAUGUAUAAUGUAUACCCCAGUGUAUCCCACGCUAAGAAACUUGAUUCUUACGAGGUCUUGGUAAAUAUUUAUAUGCAUUUAUAGAAAAAAUAUAUAUAUAAUAAAUGCAGAUUGCGACGGUCCUGGUGAGUGGGGGGCUCGUUGCAAGCCCCUCGGUGCUUCGCAAGAGCGAGGAGGUGCGGCCAUGGCCGCCAGCCUGUCCAUCCCGGGCAGCUUCUACCCAUUUGUACUUUAAUUUUAAUUAUUUUCUAACAGAGGCCCUGUCCUCUCCAUGCCUCCAUGCACAUAUGUACCUAAUGAGUUUUUAUAGCAAAUGAUAUAAAUUUGCUGUUGAUUUUUGUAUGAGUUUUUCACUAAAAGAUCUAAAUAAGCAUUGUUUUGUGAAUUUUACAUUUUUUUCUCACCAUUUCUGAAUGGUAAUAAUGUCUAAACUGUUUUCUAAAUUCUUGAUUGAACAUUUUUUUAACUUUGACAGUUUUUUAUGAUUUGUUUUUGUUUGUUCUGUGCAGUGCGCAGGCCGCUGUUAGAGCUGACUUUCUGAGCGUGAGCAUCAGCAAGGUCAGCACCUGGGCCUUUUGGGGCGGUACCAGCUGUGCCAUCUCCUGGCCCUGUCCCAGGAGCUGUGCUGAGCAGCUGGGGCCCCCGCUUCCUGCAGCACUUGGGGUGUCGAGGUGUUUUCCUCUCCCCAGCAAGGCCUACAGCUGCAGUGGGCCGGAGUGCCAGUGUCAGUGGGCCGGAGUGCCAGUGUCAGUGGGCCCGUGCCGCGUGUAGACUCUAACCACUCCAGCGGGUAGAACCCGGCCCCGUUUCCCAAAGACCCUUUAUGCGUGUCGGCGGUGCAUGGCCACGCUGUCCCUGCGCCCAUUCUGAUUUCUUCCGCAGCCGCACGGCUGGGGCUCUUAGGCACCAGGAAGCCAGGGCCUCACCACCUGCCCAGCCCGCAGUGUGAGCUUCGGGAGGGCCGCCAGGCCUUGUCUUUCUUUCUCUUUACAGUGACUGACAGCCACUUUUACUGGUAACUUACUUUCUAGCACUUGAAGCCACCAGUUUCAUUCCAAAGUGUGUCGUAGUUGAGACUUGAGGGAGGAGGUUCAGAUGCUCAGGAGGGACCCCAAGCCAGGUUUCCGAUUUUGGUGAAGUUUACAGGGUAGGCACUAACUCAGCCAGACUUGUGCCGGGUGAGUGCACCUUCUUGGAGUCGCAGUCAUGCUGCCCUUGGGCAGUGCCAAGUGGUGGUUGGUUGGAGCAGGGCAGAGCAGUCUGGGCAUGUCUGACUGACCCCUCCCUGCUGGCUGCUCUCAGCUCCAAAGCCAACCUCGGAAGGAGGCGCUGCCGCUGCCAUGGAGGGCCGCCCAGGCCCUUCCCACUGGUGGCACUGCAAGGUGCCAGGGCCAGGGCCAGCGCCAGCUCCUCCAGCCACGCACCCUUGUGGCCCUGUGCCCACAUGGUGCCCGGGAGGCCACAUCAUUUCACUGUGCUUUCAGAUGGGGUAAUGUGGGCUGCUGAGUGGCCAGGCUGUCGCUGCAGCACAAAGCCUCCCCAUCUGGCUCAGCGGGGGCCUGGUGGCCACAGGCCUCCCUCGCCAGCACACCCACUCCACAGCGUGCUGCAGCCACUACCGUGUAGCCUUUUCUUUCCUUUGAAGACACACUCGGCCCAUGUCCACAGCCAGCAACAGGCAGGUGGCAGGCAUGGCCGUGGCCCCUGUGGAUGGGACACGGCAGGGAGGGCUCGCCACACAUCUCCCUACUGGGCCUGGGGCCUUUGCCUCUCUCUUCUUCUGCAGAGGCUGGAGGGCACUGGCCGGGAGUCAGAGCGAGCACUUUAAGCCUUUAGUGGAGGGAAGCCCUGGCCAGUGACCCACACUGGCAUCACCCUGCCGGGUUUCCCACUGCACGUGCUGUGCCCACACCCCACCAGCAGGUGGCGCCACCUCUGGGAUGGCACCACCUCGCGGGCUCCCACUCCGGGGCCAGUUUGUUGAAGUGUUUCAGUUUUUCUUUCCUUUCAAACUUUUCCAAGUGGAAGGCCGUGGAGUCUGAUGUUGCGGCACUGGCCAUGGACCUGGUGUUUCUCUCCAUCGGAGCAUUCCUCCAUCCCGGCCAUGGCCUCGUGCUCAUUCCUGGUUUUGUAGACUUUGGGCCCACGUGUUUCAUGGGCAUUGAUACAUAUAUAAAUAUAGAGAUAUAAACAUAUGAAUAUAUUUUUUUAAGUUUCCUACACCUGGAGGUUGCAUGGCCUGUACGCCCGGCAUGUCUUUAUAUUGUAUACAGAUUUUGCACGCCAAACUCGGCAGCUUUGGGGAAGAAGAAAAAAAAAUGCCUCUGUUCCCCUCUCGUGACAUUUGCAGACAAAAAGAUGGAGAUUUUUCUGUAAAACAAAACAAAACAAAACCUUGACGGAGAGGAGUCGGGCGGGGGGAGGGAGUUUGAGUCUUAAUGAACUUAUUCUUAAGAAAUUGUACUUUUUAUUGUAAGAAAAAAAUAAAAAGGACUACUUACACGUUUGUCAUACUAAGGGAGAAAGUUCACCUAGCACUUGUGACAUACCAGUAAGAGAGUUUAUUGUAUUUCCGUGGAAACAGUGUUCCAGGGAGACUACAGCGCUCAGAGGAGCCGCCUGUCUCCCGAGUUGAUUUGGAGGGGUUUGAUUUUGUUCAGUUUUUGUUUCCUUUUUCUCUUGCCGCAGGGCCCGCCACAUGCUGCUGGCUGCCCCGGCCCUGUGACCGUUUACUCUGAUUGAGAAGCGGGGUUCCCAAGGGCCCCCUUCCCAGCAGCCCGUGUGGUGAGGGCCCAGAGCUGGCCUGCCUCUGGCGUUGAAGUCUCCUCCUGGAAGGACAGACGGCUGUUUCUGUGUUUCCUGGUGCGUGUCCGCCACCGUGGAGGCGCCCUUUUUUGGUUGCAAGGUGACACGCGCACCUCUGCACAUUUCCUCGUGGGGCUCGCAGAUGUGGCCUGGAGCCCCGCUGUUCCUCUCUGCUGUCUGGACCUCCCCAGUCCCUUCUGCUCAGUGGAUUUGGAGGUCUUGUUUCGGUUUUUUUUCAUUCUUGUUUGUUCUGUAUGAGUGAAGCUUCGCUGACCAGCGGUGUCCUCCUCCAACAGUCAGCUUCUCUUUCCACCUCCCGGAGUCCAGUGCUUGUACCACAUUGCACACUGUCACUCUUGUGGUGUAAAUAAAGACUGUGUUCUUUGCCUCCA